AUGGCGGGGUUAGUUCGAGCAGGAUUUUCUUUUGCUAGAAAUGCUAUUUUCUCAACAUCAAUACGCUCCAUAGCAACGACAAAUCCCUUAAAUUUGAAAGAGAUUCGUGAACGUACGGAAGGUUCUUCAAUAGUAAUAGAAGCUAUUAAUGUGCCGUCACCGCGCACUGAGCUCUUGGUUCGAGCAGAGAACCUUCCAAAUUAUGAGCCUGUGGUGAGCCCAUCAGAGAAGCCUCCUUGCUACAUGUGUGCUUUAGGAUUAGAUGUGAAACACACAGAUGUUCUUAUCCUGAGUCAGUUUGUGAGGUCAGAUGGCUGCAUGUUACCUCGUAGAAUCACUGGCUUGUGUCGAAGACAACAGAAGAAAAUGGGCAAGUUAGUGACUAUGGCUCAGAAAGCUGGUAUGUACACUUAA